UCAUCAUCAUCAUCAUCAUCAUCAUCAUCAUCAUCAUCAUCAUCAUCAUCAUCAUCAUCAUCAUCAUCAUCAUCAUCAUCAUCAUCAUCAUCAUCAUCAUCAUCAUCAUCAUCAUCAUCAUCAUCAUCAUCAUCAUCAUCAUCAUCAUCAUCAUCAAACAAUGGCCAUGAUCCCUGA